AUGCCCGAAGUCGAAGGCGGCGCGGUGCCGAGUCAGAGCAAGGGAUCGUGGUCCUCUUUUCUCAAAUCGAUUGCCUCUUUCAAUGGCGACUUGUCCUCGUUGACCGCACCAGCAUUCAUUCUCUCCACCCAAUCUCUGGUCGAAUUUUCGGCGUACUGGGCUGAAAACACAUCGCUGUUCAUUGCACCGACUCAAGAGAAGGAUCCAGCAAGACGUGCUCUGCUGGUGUUAAAGUGGCUGCUCAAUACCCUCAAACAACAAUACUGCUCCCGGUCAGAAAAACUCGGAUCUGAGAAGAAGCCACUCAAUCCAUUCCUAGGCGAGCUGUUCCUGGGGAAAUGGGACGACGAAUUCGGCGAGACAACGUUGGUGUCGGAGCAAGUCAGUCACCACCCUCCAGUCACAGCCUACUGCAUCACAAAUGAGAAGCACCGCAUACGGCUCCAAGGCUACAACGGCCAGAAAGCCAGUUUUAGUAGAACUAUCCAAGUCAAACAGAUUGGACAUGCUCUCUUGACCCUCCAUCCUCCCGACAGCGAGCAUGCAGAGACCUACCUCAUCACCCUGCCGGCUCUGCAUAUUGAAAGCCUCAUCUACGGAGCACCCUUUGUCGAGCUGAGCAAAUUCAUACAUAUUGUCUCAAGCACAGGGUACGUCGCCAAGAUCGACUUUACCGGCAAAGGCUGGCUCUCUGGGAAGAAGAACAGUUUCACGGCGUCGUUGUGGCGAGAGGGUGAAGGAUCGGAGAAGGAUCCCCUGUACACCGCGGACGGGCAAUGGUCAGACACAUUUACUAUUAGAGAGGGCGACAGCAAAAGGGGCAGAGAGAUCGAAACCUUCAAAUCGUCGAGCGUUAAACUGUCCAAGCUGAACGUCGCAUCCAUAGAAGAGCAAGAUGUUUUUGAGAGCCGCAGAGCAUGGUCAAAGGUCGCCCAGAGCAUUGAGAAGGGCGAAAUGGACGCUGCCUCGCACUACAAGUCCAGAAUCGAGAAUGCGCAGCGGGCGUUGCGCAAGAAGGAGCAAGAAGAAAAGCGAGAUUGGGAGCGGAUGUUUUUCGUUCAAGCGGAUCCCAAGGAUAAAUUGGAGAAGACGUUCCAAGACCUGGUGAAGGUGGUGACCAAUUUCGGUGUCAAUAGCUGGGAAGGCGUUGCGCCGGAUAAAACAGCGGGAAUAUGGAGGUAUAGCGAGGAGAAGGCUGCUCAAGCAAAGAAGCCCUUCCACAAGGAGGGACUGUUGGCUCUGGGGGAGAACCCAGACGGAACCUCUGCACCUGUGAGCAGGGUCCCGACGAACCAGAGCUCGAACCCGGCGAACUGA